CGGUCCGUACGGAGAAGGCAACGGCGGCGGCGCGGGCCCCUAGAGGUCAGAAGUCACCAUGCUGAGGGCCGCGUCGAGGAUGCUGAGUUCCAUUCGGAACCAGGCAGUGGCCCAGGCCCCUGUCCUCGGGCUGGCAGGCGGAGGGAGCGCCAGGCUUCCUUCCAACCAGUGGCGCCUGCUGCCUCGAAGUCUCCUUCAAGCCGCCCGCGGAUAUGCCACUCAGAAACCAGAGAGACUCGUGCUGGAGAAGGAAUUUUCAGUCAUCCUAAAGCCACAGUCCUGCUCAGGCCCUGUCCUGAUUGAUGAUGUCGUUAAAAGACUCUUGUCUUUGGAAAUGGCCAACCAGAAGGAGAAGCUAAAAAUCAAGCAAGAACUGUUGAUGAAAAAAGUCGCGGCAAACCCUGAGGACACCCGCUCCCUGGAGGCUCGAAUUGUUGCCUUGACCGUCAAGAUCCGCAAUUAUGAAGAACACUUGCAGAAACAUCGAAAGGACAAAGCCCACAAACGCUAUCUGCUAAUGAGUAUCGACCAGAGGAAAAAGAUGCUCAAAAACCUCCGUAAGACCAACUAUGAUGUCUUUGAGAAGACAUGCAAGGAGCUGGGGAUUGAGUACACCUUUCCUCCUCUGUAUUACCGGCGAGCUCACCGCCGCUUUGUGACCAAGAAGGCUCUAUGCAUUCGGGUUUUCGAGGAAGUUAAAAAGUUGAAGAAGCAAAAAAGGAUCUUGAAAGCUGUAGCAACAGCAGCCCGAAAACAAGACCAGAAGAACCCAGAGAGCCCUUCCGAAGCCUCAUCGGAGGCACUCAAAGAAAACCAAUAAAUUCUGUCAAAAUUA